CGAGGUUUUAAGAGGACCUGUUAAGGAUGGUACCAGCACAUUGUUGCUCGUGUCCUGAAAGACAGUGAAUCGUCAAUCGGUCACAAGUUAAUCCGUAUAUAUCGCGCAAGAUAUUGAAAAAUUAAUUCCAUUGAUAAACAAAAUUAUUGAAAAAAAUAUUUCUUCCGUUACAUUGUUUCGCAAAUUCUAUUAUAAAAAUCAUCAUGAGUGGAUCAGGAAAGAGUCUUCUCGGGGUGUGGCUAUACAGAAGAGGCGAAAGUUGGGCUGUCAAAGAAGGAAGUCCGCUACAUAAAUCGCGCAAUCUUCCUAUGGAUGAAAGUAAUCAAGCUAACGAUAAUAAGAAUUCUGUGAUAUUUUCUCUGAAAAAUCAAAUCGGUGGUUUGGCGCGAGCUCUUCAAGUAUUUCAGGAUCUAGGUAUAAACGUCGUGCAUAUCGAAUCGAGAAAAUCUGUGCGCCGCGGUUCCGAAUAUGAUAUUCUUGUGGAUGUCGAAUGCGAUUCAAAGAGGAUGGAACAGUUAAUGAAAAUGUUAAGCCGCGAAGUAGCAGCUAUUAAUCUUGCCCAUUAUGAACAAAUCGGAAGUAUUCCACGCGCACCCUCUCUCUCGGCCGCGACAAGUUUCGAUUUUAGCGAAGUAGACAUGCCCUGGUUCCCGCGAAAGAUAUCGGACCUCGAUCGUGCGCAGAAAGUUCUUAUGUAUGGCUCAGAAUUGGACGCGGAUCAUCCCGGUUUCAAAGAUCCCGUGUAUCGUAAACGUCGCGAGGAAUUUGCCGACAUCGCUUAUAAUUAUAGGCAUGGUCAACCGAUACCCAGGGUGCAAUAUACACCAGAAGAAAUCAAAACCUGGGGAACUGUUUUUCGUGAACUACAUCAACUCUAUCAAAAAUACGCAUGCAAAGAAUAUUUGGAAAAUUGGCCGAAGUUAGUCAAGUAUUGCGGAUACAGAGAGAACAAUAUACCGCAACUACAAGAUGUAACCGUUUUUCUAAAGCGAACAACGGGAUUUCAACUUCGUCCGGUCGCGGGUUAUCUCACUCCGCGAGAUUUCCUUUCUGGACUUGCUUUUCGCGUAUUCCAUUGCACCCAAUAUAUACGACACUCUUCCGAUCCAUUUUACACACCGGAACCAGAUUGUUGUCAUGAAUUGCUGGGCCACAUGCCUCUACUUGCAAAUCCAAGCUUCGCGCAAUUUUCUCAAGAACUUGGUCUGGCUUCUCUUGGUGCAUCGGAUGAAGACAUAGAUAAAUUGGCAACUCUAUACUUCUUCACCGUGGAGUUUGGAUUGUGUAAACAAGAUGGUAUGUAUCGCGUUUAUGGAGCCGGCUUGCUCUCGUCGGUGGCGGAAUUGAGACACGCGGUAUCCGCGCCCGAAAAAACCAUGAGAUUCGAACCGGAUGUCACGUGCAAACAGGAAUGCAUUAUCACCGCAUUUCAGAAUGCAUAUUAUUAUACGGACAGCAUAGAGGAAGCAAAAGAGAAAAUGCGUUCAUUUGCCAAUCAGAUUCAACGACCAUUCGGGAUACGCUACAAUCCGUAUACCCAGUCAGUAGAGGUGUUGACAGAUGCCCAGAAGAUCACGGCUGUAGUCAGCGAAUUACGAGGCGACCUUUGCAUAGUCUCAAAUGCCCUGAAGAAGAUACACGAACAGGACGAUACUGUCGACGUUGAGAGGAUAACCAGCUUGUUGACUCACGGUAUCGAGAUACCGCAAGACAGCUCGUCCUCGGACAGCGAUGACAGUCCUAAUGUCGAGGAAGCUCAUCCUCAAGAAGACCAGUCUCAUUGCGAUAAUAAUGAUGUAGUCGUUAUGGAAGAUUAAGCGAUUGGUAUCGUUACUGAUUGCAUGCUCGUUAAAUUUUUGAGAAUAUUUGAGAAAAUCGACACGAAGCUUCAGAAAUAAAUGCUCUUGCGAACGUAUAGAGAUAUAUGACUUCUAUCUCAUAGAAAAUUAAUGUAAUAUUGUUUUGAAAAGUUAAUCGAUACACAAAAAGAGAAAGAGAAAAAAAGAGAGGCUGCAUAAAAUAGAAUGAAUGGAAAAGAAUUCUCAUUUUACUCACCUAACUUUAGAGAGUACACUUUAGAGUAAACAACUAGAUUUAAAUUUAAUAAUAUAUGUGUGCGAUAUGUGAAAUAAAAUGAUAUAUUGAAUCACACAUACACACACACACAGAAUUUUCCCUCUCAGGUUAACAGGGAACAGAAAAAGAAUCAUAUAAAUGCAAAGUUAAUGAAAUUGAAAAAUAUAAAAUUUUGAUUAAUCAGCAUAAUGCAGUAUGCUGAUUUGAUUUUCCCUAUUUCUGUUAAAUGUAUAGGCAGAAUGUUAUAUAAAGAAUGCCAUCAAUGUAUCGUAAUUAAAUUAAAAAUAAAUGCAAAGUUAUAAUAAAUCUAUAAAUAA